AUGUCCCCUGAGGCGACGGUUGAGGACAUUCCCUGUGAAACAGAAAGAGGAUUGGCGACAAAGGAGCUUCGAGCCUCCGACCUGCAUAUCCUCGAGGGCAGAUCAAGCAGUGAUGACCAAUUCAACAAUGCCUUUAACCAGAACGGAGCUUCAAUCCGACCCAAUCUGGGCCAUAACAUUUCUUCCUACAACUUUUCCCACCAAGCCGAACAUGCUGGACAGGAUAUCCCAGAACCAUCAGGGCCAGUUGGCUCUCGGCUUCUUCUACGUAGGCCUCGACCCGAGUCUUUCAGCACUGCACAGUUGACCGACGACUUUGCUGUAGAGGUUCAAUCUGGACGACAUGCACAAGCAGGACCUUCAGCUGUUCGAUCAUUCUUAUGCCUGGAAUCCAUACGGCCUUUGCUCAAUGACCUGAUCAGCCCUGAAGAUGCUUGUGAUUUGCUAGAAUUUUAUUUUGCUCAAGCAGGGAGCUCUCUUUUCAGAUCUGCCUCCCCUUACGUGUUGACUCAUGUGUUGAGGAAGAGAUCUCUCUUGCAUCCAACUAAAUCUCGAGAAACCACUCCAGCAUUGCUGACAACAAUGCUUUGGGUUAGUGCACAAACAGCUGACAUUCCUCUGCUAUUGCUUCCAGGAGAAAGAUCUCGAGUUUGUGAGGCGUUGCGCAAACUGUCCACCUCGCUCAUUCACGACAGAGAUCGUGACCAUUGGCAGCGAAGUCCGGGUGAGUUUUUCGACAAGGAACAAGAGCCCUAUUCGCCAGUUGACAUUAAAGAGCAGGAGGACGUCUUGUACAGCAUAGCUCUUUCUGCUACAGCAAACCGACCAGGGACGCCAGGGGGGGAUUUCAAGACAGACUGCUACCCAUGGUGGAGCAAAGCCGUUAGACUAGCGCAGGCUUUAGGCUUGAACCGGGUAGACGCCAGCGAAGGCAAAUAUGGCUCAGGGUGUCCGACAUCAUCACAUAUCUGUCAGGGAAGCAACAUUGAAGGUCAGUGCUUUGCUGCAUUAGAAGCUCAAGAAGAACGACGCCGUGUGUUUUGGCUUCUAUUCUGUCUGGAUAGACAUCUGGCACUAGCAUUCAACGGCAUUCCCAACAUCUCGGACGACGAAUGCGAUGUGUACAUUCCAUUGCCCGACGACAUAUGGGAGAACUUCGAAGCAGUUCCUACCGAACUCCUCACUCGACGAUCCCAUGGACCCCCUACGUUAGUGACGGGAACCAGCUUCUUCGAAUAUUUCCUACCCUUGAUGGCUAUUAUGGGAGACGUCAUUCAUAUUCACCAUCGUCGGUACCACCCUCGAUUUGGAACGCUCGAUGACCAGAAUUCCAUCUCCAUGGUGGAAGAGCUAUUUGCGAACUGCGCUCAGAGCAUCAGUGACCUCGAAAGCCGAUACGAAACAGAAGAGCUUGACGGCGCUAUUCCGGCAAGCGAGUUCCUCACACCGAAUUCUGGAUUUCAAGAAAGUCCUUUAAACCAAGCUGUGGGAUCCCCGGCAGGACGGCGACCCAAAAGCCGCGCACUGGCACAACUCGUCACUUCGUAUAGUACUUUCAUCUUGCAUGUUCUUCAUGUCCUGUUGUACGGCAAAUGGGACGCUGUGUCCAUGCUGGAGAACGAAGAUGGGUGGAUCACAUCAGUGCCUUUUAUGAAGUGCGCAUCGCAUGCUAUUGCGGCUUCAGAAGCUGUUUCUCAAAUUCUCAAAUGUGACCCUGAACUGACCUUCAUGCCGUAUUUGUUUGGUAUCUAUCUUCUUCAUGGAAGCUUCAUUCUCUUAUUGUUUGCCGAUCGCAUGCCUCAGCUCGGGCCAAACGAAUCGGUUGAAAAAGCCUGUGAGACAAUCAUUAGAGCCCACGAAGUCUGUGUGGUCACGUUGAGCACCGAGUUCCAGAAGAGAUUCCGCAAAGUCCUGCGUUCAACACUCUACAGUGUCAGAAGUGCGAGGAUUACCAAUGCAGAAGAAAGUCUCGUGCGGCGCAGAGUGUUGUCGCUGUAUCGAUGGACGAAGGGAGCUAGAGGGUUGGGGUUGUGA